AGGAGUGUUCGAGUGGAAAGGUCAUUAGCAUUAUAUCUUUAUCCUCUUACAAGUGUACAUCUACGAGCAACUACAAAGUUAUCAUGGCCGACAAACUCAAACCCUAUGCCGACUUGUAUACCAAUCCCCAAGGGGUUGGCGACAAGCGACCCACUGCCCUCCGCGUGGUUCAAGACGACGGACUCGUUAACGCUUACGAGGGGAAAGUCGGGCUUAUAACAGGUGGAACAAAUGGCAUUGGUGUCGAGGCGGUGCGAGCUUUGCACGCCACCGGGGCAGACGUCUACUUCACCGCUCGUGAUGCUGCCAAAGCAAAAAAAGUGAUCGAAGAUAUCCGGACUACAUCGGAGAGUCAGGGUAAACUCGAUUUUGUGAUCAUGAACAUGGACUCGCUUCAGUCGGUGCGAGAGGCGGUCAAGGUUUUCUUGUCCAAAAGUUUUAAGUUGAAUAUCCUCAUCAACAAUGCCGGCAUCAUGGGAACUCCUUACAGUUUGACUGAAGACGGAUUCGAGCGUCAAUUUGGUGUCAACCACCUUGCGCACUUUCUAUUCACCGUAUUGCUCUUGCCGACACUUGAAAAGAGCGCCACGCCACAACUACAGUCUCGUGUAGUGAAUGUUUCCUCCUCGUCGCACAGGCAUGCCACGAUUUCUUGGGAGCACUACAAUUCUCAUCCGAUUAUUUAUAAUCCUGAGUUUGCUUACGGUCAGAGUAAGACAGCAAAUAUAUGGAUGGCGAAUACCAUUGACCGCAAAUACGGCUCCCGCGGUGUCCAUGGAUUAUCUGUGGGGCCUGGUGGAAUUUGGACUGGUCUGCUGGCUUACACUCCAGCUGACAUCGUGGAUGCGUUUAAGCUGAACCCUAACAUUAACAUUCAUAUGCUAAGCGCCGAGCAGGGGUCUGCUACUACGCUUUGGGCUGCGGUUGGUAGAGUGUGGGAAGGGAAGGGAGGAGAGUACCUCCAUGACUGCCAAAUUGCGCCUCCGGAAACGGGUGACUUCUAUAACGCGAUGAGUGCUGCUGCAGCACCGUGGGCCAAGGGACGGACAGACGAUGAAAACAGGUUAUGGACAUUGAGCGAACAGCUUGUUGGGGCGAAUGCACCAUGACCAUAGCCGCUUGGUUGCUAUAAGAAGGCAAAGCUGAACGCACUAGUAAGUUAACUGUUACU